UUCGGCUCAAAGGUAAAGCGGAUAGUCCGAUUUCGGCUUGGUUCGAUGAAAGUCGGAUGCAAUCGGUUCUAUAGCCCGAGAUUCGACUAUUGAAAGUACAUAUACGUUUCAUUUCAUUUUAUAAGACGUAGUUAAAGUUUUCUCGAGUCCGAAAAAUAUUCAAGCAUCAUUAAAUGAAGGUUAAGGGGUAUUUUCACUUUCAACAAUCCAAUUUUACAAACAAGAGAAACAAAUUAUUUUAAUAACUCGUUUGAAGACCUCUACAAACUUGAAGAAUUUCAAAUAAAAUCUUCGAAGUGCUGAAGUUCUCUUCGUAAGAGGCGAAGCAUGGAAGAGACGUGGUUCUCCUGUUCACUUCCAUAUAAAACCCUUUUAUAUACGUAUAUACGGAAUAGUGACCAGCUUGGCAGUGCUUGGACCGAUCGAUUUUUCAGUAUUUCCGCGUGUAUCGAUACCCUCUCGUCCGCGGUUCCCUUUUUUUCCCCUCCUUUUUUCAUUCCCUUUUCUCCGCCAUUCUCCAAGUCAUACCACUCUUCCUCUCCAACCUUGCUAAGUGGAUUAUCAUCGUUGGGGAUUUCGAGCGUCGGUCUUUGACGUAACGAGAACGAGGAGUGCGAGAAACGGUGGCGCGAGUUCGAAGGCAAGGCGCGCAUGUCGAUGCUCAAGGCAGCCAAUGGACUGGUUGAAAUAUUAAAUGGGAGCAAAGACCCUGUUCUCGUGCACCACGUAGCCAUGGUUCAAUUUCUACGCCGGCGGCGGCCUAGGUGUGGGGAGAGGGGUUGAAUGAAAAUAGACGACGACACAGGGUGAAACGAGGUGGGUGGCGGUUGGGAUAGAGACGAUGGGAGAGUCGAGAGUUAGGAUUUCGACGACACUACCAGCGACAUCUACAUUUCGCGACUGGCUGCAGAGACGCAAAAAGAAGAGGGACGUCUCCCCACCAUUCGGCCGCGCAUGCGCAACUUGUAAAAUCUCGGUCCGCAUUCGAAGUAUAAUAUAAGGAAAUUUGCCACUUACUGUAUAUAGAAUGAUUCCAAAUUGGUGGUAUUCUUGGAUUUUUGGUAAAGAUAUUCUGGAUAUUCUUUUUUUUUUUUUUAAAUAUGUAUUAUAUUUAAUUUUCUUUUAUUUUAUUCUUUUUUAGUUUGGAAAAUUAGCAUAAUACAUACAUCAUAUGACAAAUAUUUCUUUGUAGUAUAUGCUUUGGAGUAUAGAUUUACCCAGCAAGAUGUGCGACAAGCGUCUGUGCGCGUGCGAGAGGAAGGUCCAACCAGGCUUCAUGAGCCCCUUCGACGAUCGGGUGAAAGCCCUCGACGAGGCGUACGAAAAUUUCAGCAAGAUGGAGAGCCAGUCGUUGCUGAAAAAACACUUGACCAGACAGAUAUUCAACAUGCUCAAAUCGCGUUUGACGAACACCGAAUCCUCCUUGAUGGACGUGAUACAAUCAGGCCUGAAGAACCUGGAUUCCAACAUUGGUAUAUACGCCCCUGACCAGCACGCUUACACCGUAUUCGCGCCACUGUUCAAUCCUGUGAUCGAGGAGUAUCACAAAGGCUUCACGCCGGAGGACGUGCACCCCCUGUUGGACUGGGGCGACCCUGACAAGUUGGGCAACCUCGAUCCCGGGGAAGAGUUCAUCAUCUCGACGAGGAUCCGUUGCGCGAGGUCGGUCAACGGUUAUCCGUUGAAUCCAACAAUGACCAAGUCUCACUAUCAAGAGUUGGAGACGAAGCUGCAACAAAUCUUGAACACGUUAGAGGACGAACUGAAGGGGAAUUAUUACAGUUUGAUCAAGAUGGACAAGAUAACCCAACAACAACUGAUAGACGAUCAUUUCCUGUUCAAAGAGGGCGAUCGAUUUUUAGAGGCGGCCAAUGCCAUUAGGUUCUGGCCAGUCGGCAGAGGUAUAUUUUACAACGAUUCGAAAACUUUCCUCGUCUGGUGCAACGAGGAGGAUCACCUGCGUCUAAUAUCGAUGCAGAAAGGCGGAGAUCUGGCAGCCGUGUACUCGAGGCUCGUUAAAGGGGCCACCGAACUCGGCAAAAAAAUACCAUUCUCGCGGCAUCGCCGGCUGGGCUACCUAACCUUCUGCCCGACCAACCUUGGAACAACGAUCAGAGCCUCUGUUCACGCCCGGUUCCCCAAAUUGAACGAUAAUCCCGAGAGAUUCCACGAAAUAGCAAAUAUGUACAAUCUUCAGAUAAGAGGCACAAGGGGUGAACACACCGAGGGCGAGGAAGGCAUAUUCGACAUCAGCAACAAACGUCGGCUGGGUUUGACCGAGAACGAGGUAGUUUCCGAGAUGAGAAUCGGGAUUCUGGAGCUGAUCAAAGAAGAGAAACGAUUGCAAGAAUCUGAAUAACGCAUGUCUAACCGAAGAGUGUGUAACCGAAUCGGGUGAAAACUGUUUCCAAUUCACCCUCUCUUAUAAAUCGAAAUAUAUCUAAACCGCGUAUCGAUUAAUACUCCACGAGUCGACAAUACGUUUCCGUUACGGGCACACAUCGAGGAACACGAACCGUUUCGUAGGUAGUUAUCGACAAGCUGGAGCAAUACUCGAAAUAUCCUGCAAGUCUCUCUCUCUCUCUUUUUUUCUUUUGUUAUAAAAGCGAAGAAAUAUCGAUCUUUAUUAACUUUUGAUAACAUUGUUGUACAAUGGUUUGAAAUAAAGGUUAUCUUUAUGAAGAAACUUGUACAUUCUGUGUUUGUAUCUAAAGUUAAUUUAAUCUUGGAAUUUGGUGAUCAUGAAUAAUUUUUUCUUGAAUGAGAACCACUGAUAAUCUAUCUAAUGUAAAUAAAAAGUUUUUGAAGUACUUAUUAAUU